AUGACCGCCACACUCCACACCCUCCCCGAAGAACUCCUAGAUCUAUGCUGGCAACACUCCUCCAUCGCCGACCUCCGAUCUCUCCGUCUCACGCAUCGCAGUCUCCUAUCUUCAGCCACGAAGAAUUUGUUUCGAGAAGUUGUACUCCUCCCUACGAAGGCCAGCGCGGGGAAAUGUCUUGAGGUGAUGGGUGAUGAGAGGUUGAGGGGGGUUGUUCAGAGGGUGGUUGUUAGGCAGGAUGUUGAKGAGGAUGAGAGGGAUCGUGAUGAUGAUGAUAAUAAUGGUGAGGAUGAGGAGGAUGAGGAGGAGAAGGAGGAGGAGGAGGAAGUGGAGGAGAAGGAGGAGGAGGUGGUCAGAUGGUUUCAUAAAGAUGAUGAAGAUGCUGAAGAUAUCGUGGAGUUCCCUACGGGAUAUAAAAUUUGUUGUGAGGGGUUCUUGGGCAAGUUUUUGAAUGUGAAGGAGGUGGAAGUUGGGUUUGGGGGGAAUGUUGCUGGGCCUGAGAAGGUUGGGUUUGGGGAUGAGGGGUUUGGGUGGGGGAAGGAGGUUGAGGAGUGGGAGGGGUGGGAGUUUCGGGAUUGUGUUUUGAGGAUGAUUUUGAGGGGAUUAUCAUCAUCUUCUUCAUCUUCAGGCAAGUCUGAUGAUGAUGAUGAUUCGGGGGUCAGGAUUAGGAAGUUGGGGAUUGUGAAUUUGCAAAAUGUGCUUGUUGAGAAAACUUUACGGUCGGAGGGAUUCGAGAGACUGAUGAGGGGGUUGAGGGAGUUGGAAUUGCAAAUUGCUACCGAGCAGGAUGAAGCGGCUCCGGAGAAUAGUAUUAAUAAAGAAGAACUGCACUCCUUCUUUGGUGGAGGAGGGGGAUUCGUGGAGGGAUGGUUGAAGCCUGUGCAGGGUCACUUGACGAGUCUGACGUUGUAUGCGGAUACUUAUUGGGGAUAUUUUCCGGCUUGUGGCAUUACCGAGGUGGUGUUUCCGCAGUUGGAGAGGUUGGCUUUGGGAAAUUAUUCGUUUGCUUUUGAUGAGCAGUUGGAGUGGAUUCUGAAGCAUGGACAGACGCUCAAGGCUUUGAGUUUGGAUGAUUGUCCGAUUUUGCAUUAUUGUACUAUGCUUUGUGGAUUUUUGGAUGGGAGACGGGCGAAGGGGGUCGAGGCUUUUGAGAGGGAGUGGGAGGCGGAGGAGAGUUGGAGUUAUGAGGGACGGUGGUAUAUGUAUUUGGAGAGGAUGAAGAGGGGGUUGAUGAAUUUGAGGGAAUUUCGUAUGGGGCAUGGGGGUUGGGAUGAGGAUGAGGGGCCUAUGAGGAGUAGACAUUUGCUUGGGUGUGAGAUUGUUGGGGGGAGAUAUGUGGCUUUUCAUGGAGGAACUGGACCGAGUCAAUGGAUUGAACCUAGAGAACAGUGGAAGCGAGGAGACAAUGGGGAGGAUGUUCUGGAAUGGGAGUAUGACGGAUGUUGGGAUGAUGGUGAUAGACCGGAUGUUCCGGAUUGUGAGGAGGAGGAUCGUAAGGCGUUGGAGGAGUUGCUGGAGGUUGUUCGCAGUCGUUGCAACUGA